CCGUUCUCUUUUUUUAUUUUUUAUCGUCGCGCCACGGAAAAUACAAUAAAAUAAUUAAAAGAGGGAAAAAGAGGGGGGAAAAAAUCAAAUUACGACAUCGGUAAGUUUGUCGGCAUGCGUGCAAUUGAAAUGAAACUGCUCUCUCUCUCUCUCUCUCUUCCUCCAUUCUUUCUCUAGAGUAGAGUUUCUUACAUUACCACACAACAGAGUUGGACUGCUCGAAAUCAAAACCCUUUUUUUUUUACUUCUCAGAAGGAAAGUGAGAGAGAGAAGGAGAGGAGAGUAACAGAGCACUCUGACUCUGUUUGUUCAGCUCUCACUGCUGCCCAUAUUUCCCCCCACUACCCCUCAACACCUUCUUCUUCUUCUUCUUCUUCUUCUUCUUCUUCGUCGUCGUAUUUAUCAGCUGCUAGCUUUCUUCCUUGGGUUUUCUUCUUGGAUGUGUGAUUGGAGAGGAGAACUGGGAGAGAGAGGGAGGUUCUUCAGUAAUGCCACACCCGCAGCCGCUGCUGCUCGGCUCUGUUGCUCCUUUGAGGGAGAGAGCCCUCUUCUUUAGCUGAUUCACACUCACGGGGAAGAACCCACCGUAGGCUUUGCUGGUUUUGGGGAAAAAAAAAAGGAAAUUGGGAGUGUGGAGGCUGAAACAGGGAGUCGAGUUUGGAUUUUUGUUGAAAAAUUAUUCCGUUUCGUUCCUUUGGGGUUUUCCUCUUUUGUGUCUUCCUGAGUUGGGGUUUCCCCUGUUUCGUUCCUGUUGUGGCUAACCAUUUCGUCGAGGUCUGAAAGCUGCAAAUUUUUCUCAGAUAAGUUCCAUUUGAAGGGGUUUCUUCUGAAACUAGUUGGUUGCUCUGUUUUCACUUCUUUCUCUCUGUCUCUCUCUCGCUCUCUCUUUUUUUCAGCUUCAAGAUUCUUUCUUACUUCACCUCGAAACCUCACUGCCCUCCUUUUCUCCUCUCUCUCUCUCUUUGUAUCAAUCGAAGGACGGAACUUUACUAAAGACCCAGAGAAUCUUAACCUACAAGCCCUCAUCCCUAGAACGGGGAAAAACCAAGAAAACAAGUCCAGAAAAAAUCCAGUCUUUUCUCCCCCUCCUCUGUUUUUGUCUCUCUGUCUGAGUUGUGUUGGUUUCUGGUGGUGAAAAAAAUGGCGAUGAUGGCGGUGGCGCCGCACCGAGAGAGCAGCAGUGGGAGCAUAAACAAGCACUUGACUGACAGCGGCAAGUAUGUGAGGUACACGACGGAGCAAGUGGAAGCCCUUGAAAGAGUCUAUGCGGAGUGCCCCAAACCCAGCUCCUUAAGGAGGCAGCAGCUCAUCAGGGAAUGUCCCAUUCUCUGCAACAUCGAGCCCAAGCAGAUCAAAGUAUGGUUCCAAAAUCGCAGGUGUCGAGAGAAGCAGCGGAAAGAGGCUUCGAGGCUACAGACUGUGAACCGGAAAUUGACGGCGAUGAAUAAGCUGCUGAUGGAGGAGAAUGAUCGGUUGCAGAAACAGGUAUCGCAGCUUGUAUGUGAAAAUGCCUACAUGCGGCAACAACUGCAGACUGUCAAUGCAUCGGCAGCAACUGAUGGAAGUUGUGACUCCGUGGUAACCACUCCUCAGCAUUCACUCAGAGAUGCCAAUAACCCUGCUGGACUCCUCUCCAUUGCGGAGGAGACCUUGGCAGAGUUCCUAUCAAAGGCUACAGGAACUGCUGUCGAUUGGGUCCAGAUGCCUGGGAUGAAGCCUGGUCCGGAUUCGGUUGGGAUCUUUGCCAUUUCACAAAGUUGUAGUGGAGUGGCAGCUCGAGCCUGUGGUCUCGUGAGCUUAGAACCAACGAAGAUAGCAGAGAUCCUUAAAGAUCGUCCAUCUUGGUUCCGUGAUUGUCGGAGCACUGAAGUUUUCACCAUGUUUCCAGCUGGAAAUGGUGGAACUAUUGAACUUGUUUACAGUCAGACUUAUGCUCCUACAACCCUGGCUCCUGCUAGGGAUUUCUGGACACUCAGAUAUACUAAAACCUUAGAGAAUGGCAGUCUAGUGAUCUGUGAGAGGUCUCUUUCGGGAUCUGGUGCUGGUCCAAGUGCAACUGCAGCUUCUCAGUUUGUCAGAGCUGAAAUGCUUCCGAGUGGCUAUCUGAUACGGCCUUGUGAGGGGGGAGGGUCAAUCAUACACAUCGUUGAUCACCUGAACCUUGAGGCUUGGAGUGUUCCCGAGGUGCUUCGACCUCUGUAUGAAUCAUCAAAAGUUGUUGCCCAGAAAAUUACAAUUGCGGCACUAAGGUAUGUAAGGCAAAUAGCCCAAGAGACCAGUGGUGAGGUGGUGUAUGGUCUGGGCAGGCAGCCAGCUGUUCUGAGAACCUUUAGUCAAAGAUUGAACAGAGGGUUUAAUGAUGCUGUCAAUGGGUUUAAUGAUGAUGGGUGGUCUAUGAUGGCGAGCGAUGGGGCUGAAGAUGUCAUAAUCUCUGUUAAUUCAACCAAGAAUUUGACCAGCACUUCUAAUCCCGCUAACUCCUUUGCAUUCCUUGGUGGGAUCCUUUGUGCCAAGGCUUCCAUGCUGUUGCAAAAUGUGCCUCCUGCUGUUUUGGUUCGCUUCCUGAGGGAGCACCGCUCAGAAUGGGCCGAUUUCAAUGUCGAUGCAUAUUCCGCUGCCUCGUUAAAGGCUGGUUCGUAUGCAUAUCCAGGAAUGAGGCCGACAAGGUUUACAGGGAGCCAAAUAAUCAUGCCACUUGGCCACACAAUAGAGAAUGAAGAGAUGCUUGAAGUUAUCCGACUUGAAGGUCAUUCUCUAGUGCAAGAAGAUGCCUUCGUUUCAAGAGACAUUCAUCUCCUACAGAUUUGCAGUGGAAUUGAUGAAAAUGCAGUUGGAUCUUGUUCAGAACUUGUUUUUGCUCCAAUUGAUGAAAUGUUCCCUGAUGAUGCCCCAUUACUCCCUUCUGGUUUCCGUGUCAUCCCAUUGGAUUCGAAAGCAAAGGAUACACAUGAUGCCUUGAAUACAAACCGGACCCUAGAUCUCACUUCGAGUCUCGAAGUCGGUCCUGCAACUUAUCCUUCUGCUCCAGAUGCUUCAUCAUCUGGUCAAAAUUUGCGAUCAGUGUUGACCAUCGCCUUCCAGUUUCCAUUUGAGAGCAACCUGCAGGAAAAUGUUGCCACCAUGGCAAUGCAAUACGUGAGAAGUGUGAUAUCAUCGGUUCAGAGGGUUGCCAUGGCCAUAUCCCCAUCUGGGUUGAGCCCUUCCUUGGGACCCAAGCUAUCUCCUGGCUCUCCUGAAGCUCUUACCCUUGCUCAAUGGAUCUGCCAAUCGUACAGCUAUUAUAUAGGAGGAGAGUUGCUGAGUUCUGAUGAUUCCUCUACUGGAGGAGAAGCAGUGUUGAAAAGUUUGUGGCAUCAUCAGGAUGCCAUCUUGUGCUGUUCAUUGAAGUCCUUGCCCGUGUUCAUCUUUGCGAAUCAAGCAGGGCUCGACAUGCUGGAAACAACUCUGGUAGCUCUGCAAGACAUCACAUUGGAUAGGAUAUUCGAUGAAUCUGGGCGCAAGGCACUGUGUGGAGAUUUUGCAAAGUUGAUGCAGGAGGGGCUUGCUUACUUGGCGGGCGGGAUCUGCAUGUCGACGAUGGGUCGACACGUGUCGUUCGAGCAAGCCGUUGCGUGGAAAGUGCAUGCCGCCGGGGAAGAGAGCAAUGUGCAUUGCCUGGCCUUCUCGUUUGUUAACUGGUCUUUUGUGUGAGUGAAUGUAGGAUGGUAGUAGGUUACUUUUGAUGCAAGAAAUCCUCAAGUCAAGAACAGCCGUGUCUUUCUGGUAAGCCUUUCAUGUGGGAAAAUUGAGAGAAACCAAAGAAAGCAACACAGGAAAGUAGAAGGGGAGGGGAGUUUUGUAUGUAAUAUUUAAGGGUUUGCAAUAUUAUAUAUCUCUAGUCAAUUUAAUUUAAUCUUUUUUUCUUCUUCUUCUUCUCCUCCUUUUAGUGGUCAUAAUAAGUAGCUCAUCCCUGCUGGAGUCCUUUUAAUUUUUGGGGUCACAGCCGGAGAAGAGAACUGACCUUACCAAAACAAAAUCGCCAUAACAGAAAUGAGUUGGAUCAUUUGCAGCUGCAGAAAAACCGUUUCAAAAGGGAGUAACUAAUAAAUGCACAGCUGAAAAGGUUCCUCUCUGGCGUCAAUGGUGGGUAGUU